AUGAGCAAUCCGGACGUCCCGGCGUGUCGAGAUGAGUGGAAGUCUCAAGUCGCGACAGCUUUUCCGAGAGAAGGACGCCCUCCCAUUCCAAGUAGAAUCAAUUGGCAUGGUGGAUCAAAUAUGAGCCAUGUGCAGUUCCUGUCGCUGAGAGGCAUCUGGCCCACUCUCGUGUCCGGCAGUGAGUUUGCAAGGGAGUUUGAGACAGAGCUUCGCAGAGAGUUGGAUACUGCUAGAAAUUGGUUAGAUUUGUUUCCACCAUUCCGGGCCUAUCUGGAAUGUGUCAGGAACAAUCAAUCAACAACGUUCUGGAGUCCCGAGGCACCAGGAACCUCCGAGACAGCCCUCAGUCUGGGCAUUAUGCAGCUAGCUCGAUCACGACAGAGUGGGCUGUUCAAAGCCAUAUCAGAUGGAGUCGCAGAUGAGGAGAUGGUUAUAUCAUCCCUCAUCUCUUUCUUGGAUGGAAUCACGGUCCUCUGUCCCCAUGUCCGUUGCGGAUGGUCAGCGAGACGGCAAUCCAUCACGGGGGACUUCGGCGCCCAGAAGCUUAAGGUAUUUGUCGAUGGGCUACUUGUAGCCCGGGAUGGCACGCCGAAGGUUUUGUUAGAGGCAAAGAGACGCUGUCGUCAGUAUUGUGAGCCCAAAGUAUGCUUGCAAGAAACUGGGGAGUUCGUGGCUUUUCUCAAAAGUACCACGACUCCAAUUUCUCAUGAUAGGCAUUUCUUCCUGUUAAGCCAAAAUCAAGGUUAA